AUGACACUGUAUUGGGGUUCUUGGCGCAAUCUUUCCGAUUAUGCGACAACUUUAGGAAUUAAUGAGAGGAUGUGGACAAUGCAGAAUGCACAGCCACGCAUGAACCAUUACCGCAGCAACACCGAUCCCGAGAUGCCUAGCGAAUACAUAGACCUCAUUGAGAAGUACCUGCGAGUUAUUCCACACCUAACGCAAUAUGACUAUGACGCUGGCUCUGCGGACCUUUUACAACAAACGGUAUGGCACAGCGACCUCCACCUCAACAACGUCUACGUCGGCCUCAAUACAGGAACCAUGACUGAUAUCAUCGAUUGGCAACAUACGACAGUUGCGCCCCUGAUCUUGCAAGCCAGGAAAGAAGAAAAGAAAUUGCACGAGGAGAAGAUGGAGAACCGUGAUUACGUUGAGCGACUAAUGGCAGAGUUUCAAGAAGCGGGGAUCCUGCCAGCUGAUGGAAUCGUCGAUCCCCAAGGUUAUGAAAAUAUGCAGAAGACAAACUACAUGCAAAAGGAAAAGUUCAUGUCGUUAGCUGAGAGUGAGGAGCAAAGGGAGUGGAUGGAUAAGAUCUGCCCUUAUCAGGACCGCCCUGAAGAAGCGUGA